GGGGGCAAGAGUCAGCACGGCUGCGCAUUAUCGACAAAACGAGAACGGGAGGAUAUGCGAAACCUACAUUCGCCUCCAAGGCCCUUCUCCAGCUCCUGGAUCUCGGCCAGCGUGGGGUUCUGGCCGCAUGCUCGCAGCAGGUCGCCCAGGGAGUCGACGGCACAGCGACCGUUGCCGCGCUUGUCGAACAGGGCAAAAGCCUCCUUGUAGUUGGUCGAGGCCUGGGAAUCAAACUGAUUAGAAGCCAUGUUUUUUAUCUUUGUUUCUUCCUCGUUUCGUUUCUGAAAAUGUGCAAAUGCCGGGCUGAAGCGCAAGUCUCUCGAAUGCGACCGGGUGGUGCAGCUUCUUUUCGCAGGAGAAAUGGGGGACAAGCGAUUUGUUUUGGGAUAUUUUGGCUUUCGAGUUGCGCGCAAAACGGGAAGCAACAGGUGCUGGCGAAUCAUGUGCGGCGCCAGCACCAGACGAACUCGAGCCGGCUUUGUUUACAUCGAGCGGUGCUGGGGCAACUCACCAUUGUGAUUGGUGUCUUAGCUUUUGCUUUGUCAGAUGGGACUGUCUCUGUGUCGCUGUCGCAAAGUCGGUUCAGCACGCGUGUUCCAAAACCGUCGUUAAUGAUGUCUUUCAGACUCAACAAUGAUGCAAAGUUGAAAAUGACAACAAGAGGUCUGCGUCUCCUGACAUUGAUGCCCCACUGGGUCCCCUUGCCUGGUCCUGACGGGGCAACGAGUCAAUAGUCGGCAUCGCAGCCAAUCGACCUGUCGCUUGUCGUGGAGGCGGUCUGUAUAAUUAGG